AUGAAAGCAGAACUAUUGUACUCUAAAUUGAAAUCGAAUGAAUCUAAAUAUGCUGAAGCUAGUAUCAACGCUUUAUUUCAGCCGGAAGAACCACCGAAACCUUUUGUUGCUCCGAUUAGAGAUGCUGCCAUAGCCCCAGAAAAUUUGUUCGAAGUCUUUAUAGAGAUUAACGGAAGAUUCUAUUUCAACGAUUCCGAAUCGAAUAACUAUCUCCCCUGUGAUAGUAAGGAAGAAAGACGAUCACAUAGAGCGCUUCAAGUGAAUAAAAUUAUUUGGGGAUGUCUUCAAUCUUCUCCUGUUACAGAACAAUUAUCAUUUGGUGCCAGCGUUCUUGACGUAGGAUGUGGCGUGGGAAUAUGGGCUACAAACACGGCCACGAACUAUCCUCUCUCCACGUUUAUCGGAAUAGACAUUGCUCCAGUAUUUCCUAAAACCAGUUUACCUAACGUGGCAUUUCUCAAAUGUGAUGUCCUUGACGGACUACCGUUUCCGGACUGCACAUUCGAUUUUGUUCGACAGGCCUUACUAGUGAUCUGCAUCGAUUGGCAAAAAUGGACCAAGAGAACCUUGAGGGAAUUAAUAAGAGUGACAAAACCUGGAGGGUAUAUCGAAAUCAUGGAUCUGGACGCUGAAAUAAUGCAACCGGGACCUAUUGGUCGGAUGUUUGAGAAAUUUCGACAUUCGCAUGUCGAGACUUCUGGUAUCAAAACCGUGUCUAGUGCAGCUAUGGUGAAAACCUUUAGUGAGCUCAAAGAUGAGGUUGUCAUUGAAAAAUUUGAACAGAAAACACGCCCAUAUGGACGUUGGGCAGGGAAAUUGGGGGAAGCG